ACAGGGCAAAGGGGAGCAGCUGAGAGUCACGGAGCCAGCAUCACAUUUGUGUGGAUAAAAAGGAAAGGAAUGGAGCAAAGAGGAAUUCAUGAAACACCUGGCAAGAAAAGCACUCAGCACUCAGCCUUCUCCUGUCCCUGCCGUCAGGCAUGAGCAUCAUUUCCCUGAGAGCCUUGUGGCUUGUGAAGGAUGCCAAAAGAGAAAGAAAAAAAGCAGCAACUACAUGGCCAUUUUCACUUCCUAAAGUGGGUGACAGAAAUUCCCCCCAGGUCAUAUGAUCUUUAUUGAAGCUGCACCAGGAAGAGCAGCAGCAGCCAGUGAGUGCAGGGAGUCUCCGUACAAAAGCCUCUGCUGCCUGAGCCAGAGGUCAGAGCAGCACAGGGAUGUGCAUGCGAAUGCACACAUACAUACCAAAGUGAGGUGCAAACAUCCUCCCAGCCAGAUUGCCUCUUGCACAACUCCGAUUCUGUGCAAACUGGCAGACCUUUUAUUUUCCCUCCACCGCUCCACUUCAAGCAUGUAUCCAGAGCAGGACUUCUGAGAACGCUACUUCCUCCAGCACAUCUCUUGGAAAACAGCUCUCCUCUCUCCCUGAUUAGAGGUGGCCGUCUGCACCAUGGUAGGGAUGAUGGCAAUGAGAACAUGGGUUGAGCCGGUGGUCGCAGGCUCCCAGGUGGCCAGUGCCUUCUACGACACAGCGCUGCUGCUGGUGGUGAAGAGCUUCUACAACCAGACCAAUUCAACUGUCCCUUCCCAUGUACUGGAAGAUGCUCAGCAGAAAGCUGUCUCUAAUUUUUAUAUCAUCUACAACCUCGUCCUGGGUCUCAGUCCACUGGUGUCAGCCUAUGGCUUGUCCAUGCUGGGGGACAAGGUGCAUCGGAAGAUCCCCAUCUGUGUCUCGCUUCUUGGCUAUUUGGGCUCCAAAUCUCUCCUGCUUCUGCUGAUUCUGCUGGACUGGCCAAUUGAGGUGAUGUAUGGGGCUGCAGCCAUCAAUGGGCUGACAGGCGGCUUCACUACAUUCUGGGCAGGCAUCAUGGCUCUGGGAUCUCUGGGCUCCUCUGAGAGCAGGAGGUCUCUGCGGCUCAUUAUUAUUGAGAUGGUGUAUGGCCUUGCGGGCUUUCUGGGAAGCAUGGCAUCCGGCUACCUCUUUGUUGGCUUCAGCUAUCACUAUCGAGAGGGCACUGUGCUGGUGAGUUGCAGCAUUGCCUGCUAUGCUUUCUGUCUCCUCUACAGUGCUUUUGUGCUGAUGGUCCCCAGGCCAGCAGCUUCCUGCCCAGACAAAGCCAAGACUGUAGAGGAGGCUGGCAGCCAGCGACCAGCUCACAUAGGAGGAGCAGACAGUGCCCAGCCUUCAGAGAGCAGCAGUCAAACUCCAGUAACACCCUCAAAACUAAUCAUCGUUAUGCUUUUUGUGGCAGCGAUCCUCUAUGAUCUUGCCGUAGUUGGAGCAAUGAAUGUACUUCCACUCUUCUUGAUCAGGAAGCCUUUGAGUUGGAAUGCCGUGGAGAUUGGCCACGGCAACGCUGUUGGGUACAUGAUUUUCAUCACCAGCUUCUUGGGGGUACUUGUGUUCUCCAAGUGCUUUAAGGACAUCACCAUGAUCAUGAUCGGAGUGGUGUCAUUCAGUGCUGGCAUCCUCAUCAUGGCCUUCGUGCGGUGGACUUUCUUGUUCUACAUAGCUCGAGCAGUGAUGCUCUUUGCCCUCAUCCCCUUACCAACCAUCAGGUCCAUGUUGUCCAAGCACAUUGAAGGAUCAUCCUAUGGUAAGGUGUUUGUCCUGCUGCAGCUGUCCUUAGUCACCACGGGAGUAGUGACAUCCACAGCCUACAACAAGAUUUACCAAAGCACGCUGAACUGGUACAGCGGCUUCUGCUUUGUUCUGUCUUUCCUGGCUGGCUGCCUGAGUCUCCUCCCUUCAAGCAUUGUGGCCAUCAAACAACGUUCAAGCACUGGUUCUUUUCAGAUUCCAACCAAGUGACAGAAACUGUACCAUCUAACACAUUUUUUAGUCUUGAUCAGUUCUUUGAGGAGGUGGAAGGUCUGCCAAGCACCUGCCCCUACAGUUAGCUUAAUUACAAGAAGCAUCUAAUCUACGUCUUCACCUCACAGCAUGCCACACUGUCAGCCACUGAGCUCACCCAGUACAAAGAAGUUUGCCUUGUUACUUCUGCAGUACAUCAUCAUGCAGAGUAAUGUGCACUGGCUGUAGGUCACUAUCAGUGUUCUGAACAUCUUUUCAUUCUAGGUACUUAGCAAUAGUGCAGACGGACAAGAACAGGGCAGAAAUGAGAGGUGUGUUUCCAAGCACAUCGACCAAUUUAAAAGGGGAAAGUAGUGGAACAGCCAUGUUCUCCAUUAUUUUCGUCUUGUCCUUCAAGUCUGAAACCUCAGAGCAGUUCUGUGACUUUGGCUUACGUGGCUGAGGUCCAGAAGCAGCACACUGGGAGUGCACAGUGGUCAGCAGGACGAGACUAGCUUCUAACAUAUUACAGUCAAGAGUAAAGAUAACUGAUGUUAUGAAAAGAAAUACAGAAAUGCCAUUGUAUUUAAAAAACAAAAAACAAAAACCAAAAACCAAAAAACCACCAAGAUUAAGGUACAUUUUUUGUAAUCUCUACAAUAAAACAUUUCUUAAUACA